GUUUGUGCUCACAUAAAUGUUGCACAAUCUAUUCGCAAAUAGCUUAGAUUUACUAUGAUUCAAUCAGACUCAUUUCAUCCACAACCUUCUCCACCACGAACAUUCUUUUGUUGUUGGGACUGGUGUAGACUCACCUUCUCAACCGUUGACGAGCUUGCUUCCCAUGUCAGGCAUGAUCAUAUCUGGCAACUUCAGCCAAUGAGCAAAAAGGAAAUUGUGCGCAUGAGAAAGCAGGAUGCAGCGGAUGCUCAAAGCAUGUCCGAGACGUCGGGCAGCUCGCUGCCAGUGCCCUUUUCUAAUAACUCAUCAAAUGUCAACUCUACGAAUCAGGGCUCUUCGGGUUCUCAGCCAGUCACCUCAUCGCGAGCACCAUCGCGAAUCCUAAGCCCAACUUCUGUGACGCCUCCUAUCUCCCAUCAAUCAACUUCGUUUCCCCCGCAGGAGAAAAGACCGCCACUGCCUGCAGCGCACAGGGUCGAUUUACAUCAGCCUUCUGCUGCCCUGCAGGCCACUCCUGCGAGAGGACGCGAUUUCCCAUCUUUUGCUCAGCUGUCAUCACCAGCUGACACCUCAUCUAACACCUCAUCUAUCGUGUCUCUUCCGCAAUCACCAGACCUCAGCACGCUCUCAUUUCGCCCUAAUCUUACAGCUCAAAUUGACUCUUUUGAUCGGCGACACAGUAGACUUAGUGAGAUUGCUCAGGCACACGCUAAUAUGUCUCUGCAUCAUUCUCGCACUGAUUCAUCAAGCUCAUCGCAAGAUGCUGUAGAGCGACAGCUCCUACGGGAGGAUGCCGCGGACGUCAGUAUCCAGAGCAUCCAAGCUCCAGAGACGGUUCACAACGGUGCAGCAGAAGGUGCAGCAUUGUCCACCUCAGAUGAUCCAACCACCAAUGUUGCGGGCAUGACUGUGGACAUGGCUGACGCUGAUCUCCAGUGGCCCGAAUCUGAACCCGAACACACUCCUGCUACCCGAUCUCGGCAGCUCUCUCCGCCGGCCGAGAGGGAGGACGUUGAACGCAUAGAAUAUCGCAGCUCUCCCGUUGUGACUCAACGUGAUAGAGCAAGAUACUUCCGUUCUGGAACGCUCCGUAUUUCGCCAUUGCCCAAUGGCACCACACAAGAAUCAGCAUUUGGGCCUUCCCAUCUGUCGCAGGAGUCUCAAAUGACUUCUAAUUCGAACCUUUCGCAGGAUUCUGCCCAAUCCUAUUCCCUAGUGCUUCAGACGCAAGCACCAUACCAGGGCCAGUCAUACGGUCUUUCACAAUGUUGAGGUGUAUCGCGUGGUUUUCUAAACACCAUCCUUCCAGUUCAUAUAGUGCUCACUUUGGUUUGGACUUGUUGCAAGUGUACCAUCGUUGUAUAACUAAUUUUUACAAUCUGAGUGCUUAAGCUCAGAUAAUGGUAGCUCAGAAUUGUGUCCACCACAAAGGACCGUCCAUUGCAGAAUCAUUCUAUGCAGUGCUGUAUCUGCGUUCGUAUACUAGAAUUAAUCAUGCCGUUCCAGGCAACUGCAAGCAUAGCUACCCCAAGGCGGUGAUUAGAACAAGAAUAGCACACAGCACUAGUACUAUUGAGCAACCUCGUCCGAUCUCGGACUCCGUGUCUGAUUUGACUCGACGUGGGAUAUAUUCAUC